UAGUCUGCACUGCACUGCAAGGCCCAUUAGGAAAGUAAGAAAGAAAGAAAAAGAAAAAGAAAAAUGAAAGCAGACAUGUCAUCGUUGAACUCUGAAACAACAAGUACCCAGAAAGGAGGCACAGGCGCAGCAGGCACCACACUCUCAGCAAUCGGGAACCUCAUAAAGCUGCUCCCAACAGGCACAGUCUUCUUGUUCCAAUUCCUCAACCCCGUUGUGACCAACAGUGGUCACUGCAACACAACCAACAAGUACCUAAGCGCCAUUCUCCUCGUGGUUUGUGGCUUCAGCUGUGUCUUUUCUUCCUUCACGGAUAGCUACACAGGGAGUGACAACCAGAGACACUAUGGCAUCGUAACCACCAAGGGACUGUGGCCUUCUCCAGCGUCACAGUCACAGUCCAUUGAUUUGUCUAUGUAUAAGCUCAAGUUUGGAGAUUUCGUGCAUGCUGCCUUAUCCUUGUUUGUGUUUGCUGUGCUUGGCCUCUUAGACACGAACACUGUGCUCUGCUUCUACCCUGAAUUUGAGAAGAAUCAGAUGAGUCUUCUGCAGGUGCUGCCCACAGCUAUUGGGGUUUUUACUGGUGGGGUGUUCAUGAUGUUCCCUAAUAAUCGCCAUGGAAUUGGAUACCCUAAAAGUACUGAUUCUAACGACACUACUUCAACAAAAUCCAAUGAUAGCGCACCUCCUCCAAAUCCAAACGAUAUUGCUUAGUAGUCUUUUUAGAAAUUUUGUUACCACAUCUCGAUCGCUCAACCGCUCCUUUGAAAAUGUUGGCGUUUAUUUAUGUACCAGUCUUUUCUAUUGCCUCCAAAGUGAAGAACUAUCGUUUUCUUUUCAGUGUGGGACUUGGAUCGACAUAAUUACUAUUUCUUGUUUGAAACUUGGGAUGGCUUUGUGUACUUGUCUACGAUUAUCAUGUUAAGUAGUAAUGUACGUAUAUAUA